CGUUAUUUUCCCUAUCGCACACUCCAAAACCAAUAGGAAAUAUCUGUCUAUUUCCAUCAAGACCACACGCAGUCAAAAGUGUUCCCCUAAAUGUUGCUUUCAUGAACGACCCAUCAACUAUUAUAACCGGCCGACACCACUGCCACCCACUACUCCAUGCUGCCAAUGACAUGAAAAAAUAUUUGAAAUUCUGCUCAUUGUCUGUCUCCAGUGCUAUAUGUGAUUCUGGAUUAGCUUUUAAUAGCAUAUAGCACAACCCGGGAAGCUUCCUAUAAGACUCAAAAUCAGAUCCGGUUAAUGCUCGCAGCGCACACUCCUUCCCCCUCCAUGCUUUUUGGCUCAUAUCACUAUCAACAACAGCAGGUGUAAAUGCCUCAUCAAUAAGGUUUAUUUUUGUGUGUGUAGAUAUUCCUUUGUGUUUGCAUGCACUUGAGAAGUCAAGGUUGUAAAACUCUUGAGCCACUUGAUCUUGAAAUAGAAAAAACUUGCAAACACAUUCGGAAGGAGCAAAAAGCCACAAAGAUGAUGUCCACACUAAACGAGAGGAGGAGGCCUGUGGUUGCCACCACUCCCUCAUGUAUCGUCCUAAGCGAGGCGGCCCGGGACUAUGAAAUGAAAAAUAGCUACUUCAAUGCUAUGACUCAAUUUCAUGGUGUUCCGGGGGAGAAUCCACUAAACUUCAUCACCGAGUUCUAUGGAUUCAUCCAAGGAAUCUCUAGGCAUGGUCUCACCGAGGAUGAUCUUAAACUCAAAAGCUUUCCCUAUACCUUGAAAGGGGAGCAAGGGGAUGGUUCUUGGAGCAAGCACCGGCAACCUUUACAACGUGGGAAGGUAUCUAUAAUGCUUUCAUCUCCAAGUAUUAUACACCCACAAUGACUCAAGAGCUAAGACAACGAAUCUUCAACUUCAAACAACAAGUUGGAGAACUAUUUCAAGACGCAUGGAGGCGUUUCAAAGCCUUGUUGAAGGAAUGCCCACAUCACCGCAUUCCUCUUGAUCUUCAAAUUGAUACAUUCUACAAUGGUUUGAACUCUUCAUGCCAAGCCAUUGUAGACAACCGUGUGGAGGGCUAUAUUGGCAACAAAACUGAAACGGAGGCCUUGAGAAUCCUUGAAUCCAUUGCUUCAAAUCCUCAACUACAAGGAGGAGAUGUCAAAUUAGCCGGUGUGAGCGAGAUGUCCAUAGCCCAUGAGUUGGACAGGCGAUUUGCUGAUUUUCAACAAGCCAUGCACAAAGAUCUUCAAGCCUCUAUUCACACGGCUCUACAAGCCGUGAUUGGAGGGGCUAGUCAAGUGGCCAAUGUGGAGAGUAUAGCACAACCGGAAGUGUUGUGCAGGCUGCUUGGUCCAUUUCAAUUUAACAUUGCUUAACCAUCCAAACUGAAGUGGCAACUGCCAUGAUUGUAACUUCACGAGUUGUUGCCGGAUCGAAUACACAUGAACAAGGAGAAAAGACUUACAAUAGAAAGGGCCGGAAGAGUUGUGGUGCUUGGUGUUCCAACAUAUUUUAAUCUCCAGAUGACUCUCUAGAGAGGAAUGUAGAAAGGGAAAUAGGUGAAGAACAAUGAUUAGCAGAUAAAUCAGAUAAAGUAACCAGACUACUGGAGACACUGAGUUUGUG